AUGUCGUUCUCCAUCCCCGCAUCGCAGAGCAAGAUCGUCCUCCGCCAGCGCCCAGAGGCCCGCGUCAUCUCGACCCUUGGCCAAGGCGACUCGACGUUCGAGUACGUCACCGAGAAGCUCCCCUCGGUCGCAGAGGUCAAGGACGGCCAUGUCCUCAUCCGCGUCGAGCAUGUCUCGCUGGACCCGGCCAUGCGUGGCUGGCUGCGCGACGCCCGCUCCUACAUCCCCCCCGUCCAGAUCGGCGAGGUGAUGCGCGCCGGCGGUGUCGGCACCGUCGUGGCGUCCAAGUUCCCCGGCCUGCAGCCGGGCGACCAAGUGAGCGGCACGCUCGGAUGGCAGGAGUACGCCCACAUUCCGGGCAAGGCGUGCGAGAAGCGCCAGGUGGCGGGCGGAUCGACGCUGCUCGACUACCUGGGCCCGCUGGGAAGCAGCGGCCAGACGGCCUACUGGGGCAUCUUUGACGUCGGCGCCAUCAAGGCCAACGACGUCGUCGUCGUCACGGGCGCCGCCGGCAGCGUCGGCUCGCUCGUCGUCCAGAUGGCCAAGCUCAAGGGCUGCAAGGUCAUCGCCGUCGCCGGCUCCGACGACAAGUGCAAGUGGCUCAAGGAGAGCCUCAAGGCCGACGAAGCCCUCAACUACAAGCACGCCGACUUCAAGAAGACGUACCGCGAGGUGACGCAGAAGAAGUACGGCUACAUCGACGUCGUCUUUGAGAAUGUCGGCGGAGAGGUGCUCGACCUCACGCUCCUCUGCCUCAAGCCGGGCGCCAGGAUCGCCCUGUGCGGCGCCAUUGCCGACUACAACAACCCGAAGCCGACGGGUCUCAAGAACUACCAGACGCUCAUCGCGAUGCGCGCCAAGCUGCAGGGCUUCAUCGUGUUCGACUACGCAAAGCGGUACCACGAGGCCGAGCGCGACAUUUCCAAGUGGCUCGCCGACGGCUCGCUGGCGCGCAAGUUCCACGUCAUCGGCGACGGCGCCAAGUCGGCAAAGGAGGCGCUCCAGCUGUGCCCGCAGGCGCUCAACGACCUCUUUGACGGCAAGAAUGUGGGCAAGAUGGUCGUCAAGGUCGCCGAGCCCCUGCGUUGA